CUCUCCUUGACUGCUUCCAUGACUCCCAGAAACUUCCUGUGGGAAAAGAACCACAAAUAAAAUGCUUGACUGACUCUGCCUUUUCCCGGAGUUCUGAUGUACCUUGCCCAAGGCAAACUCAUCUGCCUCUUUGCUUCCAUAUCCCAGUUCCAUAGUUCGCUGCAGCAAUGGAUCCCCUUCCGUUACACACAAUCAUCUGCCUUGUAUGUUGGUCAUUUUAGUUAUUCCCGUUCUGUGCAUCAUCCGGCAGCUGCCUUCUUCCCGACAAGCCACUUUCUGCUCGAAGCACCAUCACCUCCGACGACGGCACUUUUGCCCUGGGAUUCUUCUCCCCGUCCAGCUCUGGCACAAAACAUUACUACGUCGGCAUAUGGUACAAGAACAUACCCCAAGACAACAUUGUGUGGGUUGCCAACCGUGCUAUGCCGAUCGCCGAUCCUUCUUCUGCAAUACUCGCCUUCACAAACAAAUUCAAUCUCGCCUUGUCAGACACCAAUGGCCAGCUUCUCUGGAUGACAAACAUCAGUGCUACAGGAAAUUCAUCAUCAGAGGCAACUGGUGGAGAAGCCAUGCUUGAUAACAAUGGGAAUUUUAUCCUUCAGUCAUCAGAAGGCAUCAUCUUAUGGCAAAGCUUCGAUUACCCGACCGACACUCUCCUUCCAGGUAUGAACCUCAGGAUCACCCACAGGACGCAUGCACUACAACGGCUUAUCUCUUGGAGAAACCCCCAGGACCCAUCCCCGGGGAACUUCUCAUAUGGUGCAGACCCUGAUGAGUUUCUGCAGCGUUUUAUAUGGAAUGGCUCAACACCAUACCGGCGAAGUCCGGUAUGGAAUAACUUUUUGGUAGUCGGGCAGUAUAUCGAGAGUAUCAGGUCCACAAUUUACUUUACGCUGCAAACUAUUGAUGAUGAGGUAUACAUUUCCUUUGGACUACCAGCACCAAGUGUCUCCUCAUUGUUGCUUGUGAAGAUGGACUACUCAGGCAAGAUGAAGAUACGAACCUGGAAAAGCAACGUGUCCAAAUGGACUGACCUGCAGUCAGAACCUAACCAGGAAUGCAACAAAUUUGGUUACUGUGGUCCAUUUGGUUACUGUGAUAACACGCAGCCUAUUGUGACAUGCAAGUGUUUUGAUGGCUUUGAGCCAAACAACAAACAAGAAUGGACAGCCCACAGGUUUUCACAGGGAUGCCAUCGGAUGGAAGCACUAAGAUGUGGUCAAGGGGAUGGCUUCUUAAAUACGUCAAACAUGAAGGUUCCCGACCAGUUCGUUUUUGUCAAGAAUAGAAGCUUAGAUGAAUGCAUAGCAGAAUGCACCAGUAACUGCUCCUGCACGGCGUAUGCUUAUGCCAAUAUGAGCACCAAGUUUAUGAAUGGCGAUGAAACUAGGUGCCUAUUAUGGAUUGGAGAUUUGAUUGACACAGAGAAGCUAAUUGGACAAGGGGAAAACCUCUACAUCCGGAUUAAUGGAUUGAAUGAUAAAAAGCGGAAGAGCAUUGUUUUAAAAAUUACACUGCCAGUCGUGUCAAGUUUGCUCAUAGUCAUAUGUGCGUGGCUUGUUUGGAUCUGCAACUUGGGAGGCAAACAAAAAAACAAGAAAAAUUGGAAGAAGGUGAUGUCAGGAACUUCGAGCACUUCUGUUGAACUUCACGAUGGAAACUUAAAGUAUCCUUUUAUAAGCUUCAAAGAAAUUGUACUUGCAACAAACAAUUUCUCUAACUCCAACAUACUUGGACAUGGAGGUUUUGGCAAUGUUUACAAGGGGACAUUAGAAGAUGGUACAAAAAUUGCUGUGAAAAGGCUUAGUAAGGGUUCUGGCCAGGGGGUAAUAGAGUUCAGAAAUGAAGUAAUACUCAUUGCGAAGUUGCAGCACCAAAACUUGGUUAGACUUCUAGGUUUCUGCAUCCAUGGAGAUGAGAAACUAUUGAUAUAUGAAUACUUACCUAACAAGAGUCUAGACGCCAUGCUUUUCGAUGCCACAAGAAAAUCAAUGCUUGAUUGGCCGAUGAGAUUCGAGAUAAUCAAAGGGGUAGCUAGAGGACUUCUUUAUCUUCAUCAAGAUUCAAGGCUGAAGAUAAUUCACAGGGAUCUGAAAGCAAGCAACAUAUUACUAGAUGCCGAAAUGAGCCCUAAAAUAUCUGAUUUUGGUAUGGCAAGGAUAUUUGGCGGCAAUCAGCAGCAAGAAAAUACCGACCGCGUUGUUGGCACUGUUAGAAUUAUAAUAUAGGUCAUGUACCCCUUUGUAUUUAUCCCGUUGUAUAAGGGGUUUCCUGCAUAUGUUCCACACCUGUACAUGUAUAUAUAUCGGCCUAUGGCCUCAUGGGAAUACAAGUUGCUUAUUCCUAACAUGGUAUCAGAGCUUUAGGUCUCUUUUUUUCGCACGCGCAACUCGUGCUACGAUCCCAUCUCCGCCGCCGCGGCCGCGGUUUCUCUUUGCCUCGGCGUCGCUGCUGUGUCUCCAGGCGCCCUUCACGCCUCCCGCCGCCCGCCACAGGACUCGCGGUCGCUCCCGCCGCUCCCGCUCUCAGGGCCGCUCCCGCCCGCCAGCUCCUGCCGUCCGCCAGGACUCCGCGGUCGCUCCUGCCGCUCCCGAUCUCAG